AUGCCUCCGGAUGUGGAUGAGCUAACAGAUGAAGAGCAAUUCGAUGAUGAUAAUUUGGGUACUCCAGUUGUAUCAGAUGUUGCAGGUACAUUAGAAAUUACAAUGCCAGAUGAUAAUGAUAACCCUAUUAUUUCGGAUAAGAAAAAGGAAAACAAUUCCCGUAAACGUAAAAGAGAGUCAAUUGUAUGGACGAAUGAAAGCCCGGCUUACACAUUUGGGAAUUUGGAAAAUUUGUCCAAGAGAAAUUCUGAUAUUUUAAUAGCGCAAACUAAUAAUAUGAGUCCAGUUGAGCUGUUUGAAGAAUUUUUUACUGAAAGUGUUUAUGAUAUGAUCGUAGAGGAAACUAAUCGAUAUGCUCACGAAAUGAAAAAUAAAUUGAAUUAUAAUGUGACUAAAGAUCAAAUAAAAACAUUUAUAGGAUUUCUGAUACUUUCGGGCUAUCAUACUUUACCCAGUGAACGGGACUACUGGGCAGAAGCAGAUGAUUUAGGAGUUUAG